ACACACACUCCCUGUAGCCGAGUGUCGGAGCUGUCUCAUUAUGCUUGCUGUAAAGAGCUGUAAAAGCUCAAAGAUGCUGGCACAGCAUCCCUUUAAAAAGCUGUCCCGUUGCAAGGGCUUCUUCAGUUGUGCCUCGUCCCUCUUGUUGGUGCAGGUUGGGACCUUGUGCCUCUGUCUUGCAUCUUCGGAGGACCCAACUGCCGAUGGCCUCACGUCAACUUCCCUGCUGGAGUUUGCCAUGAUGUCCCACCUGGAGGCCAUGAAUUCCCAUGAGCAAACCAGCCCGGAGACUGCAGAGCCAGAUCUUGCCCCUGGCUCUCUGCAUGCUGCCCCAGGGUCAGGCUUUGCCAGCGAGGAGAAUGAGGAGUCCAAGAUCUUGCAGCCCCCGCAGUACUUCUGGGAAGAUGGGGGAGAGCUCAACGACUCCAGCCUGGACUUGGGACCGGCAACAGAUUACAGCUUUCCUGCUGCAUCUCAGAAGGCAUUGCUGAAACGGAAUGGGACACAGGUGGACAACUGGGAAACAGCCACUGUCCAGCCACCAGCAGAAUUUGUUGAGCCUGACCUGCACACGCCUUUCUCUACGCUAGAGGAAGAGGAGGGGCUGCUCCCUAUAGACCACUCAAGAGGAGGAGUGGAGAGCCUCCAGACCUCCGGGCCAGAAGUUACAUCUUCUGAACCAGUGGACCAAGAGGACUCCUUCUCCCUUCUGUUUUCCACAGCUUCCGCCAGGCCAGGUAUUGUGACUGAAGCAGCCAUAGGAGGGCAAGAAGAGGACUCUGUUUCUCCAGGCGUAGACCUUGGGAGCAGCAUGGGACCAGGUCUUCUACCUGUGUCCUCUAUUUUUUCUACUACUGUUGGUGCAAGAUCUCCCAGUCUUUCAGAAGAACUCUUUGAGGUGACAACUGGGGACACUUGGGCUGUUGGGGGAGCAGAUUCAGAGCUUGCUGUGAGUACCACAGGAGCAGAGCUUGCAGAGACCACGGUGGAGGCUGGUGUGGAAGAACAUUCGGCCAGAGAGGAGGUCUCAGAGCCCACGGUGGGGUGGGAGAUGCUGAAGCCCACGAUGUUGACUGAAAUGGAGCAGACAGUAGAAAUGCCUGUGGGGACACCCUCUCCUGCAAGCGGCUCCCCAGACACCCAGACUCGUUCUGGGAGUGAGCAGCAUCCCACUUCUGUGUCUCCGUGGGACAGAGCUGAUGAGCCUGUGCUGGAUCCCAUUUGGAAUGACACUGAGUCAGCCACUGAGACUGUGGCAGCAGAGAGGAGCUUGUCACCGCAGGCUGGGGAUGCCCGCAUGGCCGAGCUGCCAACAGAGCUGCCCUGGGACUCAGCACAGGUGAUCUGCAAAGACUGGAGCAACCUUGCGGGAAAAAAUUACAUCAUCCUGAAUAUGUCGGAUAACAUUGACUGUGAGGAGUUUCGGUUGGAGAGGGGUCCCCAGCUGUUGGCACUGGUGGAGGAUGCCUUCUCCAGACAGGCGGAUGGACUGCAGGACCGCUGGCUGAUCUCUCUGAGCAAACCCAACGAGAACGACAAGCACUUGCUAAUGACACUGGCAGGGGAACAGGGCGUUAUCCCUACAAAAGAUGUUCUCAUGGCACUGGGGGAUGUUAAGAGGAGCUUAGCUGAGAUUGGUAUCCAAAACUACUCAACCACCACAAGCUGCCAGUCGCACCCCAACCAGACACGCAGUGAUUAUGGGAAGCUCUUUGUGGUGCUGGUGAUCAUUGGCUCCAUCUGUGCCAUCAUCAUUGUGCUGGGGCUCAUAUACAACUGCUGGCAGAGGCGCCUGCCCAAAAUGAAGAACAUGUCGCACGGGGAGGAGCUGCGCUUUGUUGAGAACGGCUGCCAUGACAACCCCACCUUGGAUGUGGCCAGUGACAGCCAGUCAGAAAUGCAGGAGAAGAAGCCAAGCGUGAACGGUGGGAACACCAUCAAUGGCCCCGACAGCUGGGAUGUCCUGAUCAAUAAGCAGGCGAGCGAGGAUGUUGAUGUGUUUGAGGAAGACACGCAUCUUUAGAAAAAGAACGGGGGGAACCACCCUCUUAAAUACACUUGUUUCUCUCCUAUCUUGACUGAUGGACCGUGGGAUCAGGUGGCUUCUCAGGAACUUCUUAAAACCUUGGAACAGGUCUUUGGGCAAAUCUUCCCAGUAGAAGUCCUGAGCCUGCAUCUGAGGCUUGGAACCAGGAGGAUCACUGAACAGAGGGAAGUGGGAGGGGUGGGUUUGUAGGUCUCUGUGUGUGUGUUCCUAUCAGUAGCACCAAUGCUUUUAUCACCUUUAAAUGCACUUAAAUGUAGCUCUCUUGUAGUGGCUGAGAGUGGCUGGGCUUAAGAAGCAAGAUGGUGAGGCUGUCGGCCACCAAAAGUCCAGAUUUGGAGAGUAAAUUCACUUUCCAGAUCCUGACCUUGAGAUCGUGUUCAGUCUGUGCAGGUGCAGUAACACCUGUGCAUUCUGAAUGGAGGGGAGCCAGGAUUCAGUCGAUGUCCUGGGCAGAGUUUGCAUUCCACAUGUGAAAACAGGUUUUGUAGUGCUCUAGCAUUCAGCUGCUAAUUAGAUGAGAGCUGAUGUUUACAUUCGGGGAAAACAUCCCCCCUGCUGUCAUCUUAUUUCACCCCUGGUACUACAAACAGCCCCACUCUCUUUUUCAGCUCCACAGCUCCAAGCUGAGUUUGCAAAGUUUGAGCACUUUACCCUUGCUUCACUGGUUACAGAGAAUUUGGUGCCAUGGUGCAGCAUCUUAGCUGGAAAUUUGCUUUAGGUUGGAGAGUUGCUCAAAAAUGACAUUUACAUGCCUCUUUAACGAAACAGCCUGGGAAAUCAUCAGCAAAGUAUCCCAUGUCUAAAUCUCAGUUUUAGACUGUCAGGCCUUUUCCACUCCAGUUCUAUUUUUCAGGAUAGUUUGGUUUCAGUUGGUCAUUUUGAGGUAAAAAUAAAGACUGUGUGAGACUUUAUAAACAGUUGGAAAAGUUAAAACUCAGAAACAGGUAAUUUUCUGGUCCUUUUGUUUCCGUUUCAGCAUCCUGCCCUGAGAGGAGGGUGGAAGUGUUUUAUGUCCCACGGGUGUAAAUCGGGGUAACAUCUUUAAAAUUAUUUUAUUUAAGCAAGUGUAAGCCAGAUGAGAUGAGAGUCGAUCUAAGGGCUCCCCAAUGAACGUUUCUCAGGCAUGCCUCAGGCAACUUUGAGUCUCCAGCUCUCUGC